UACAUUUCUGUUCAGAUCAUAUUUUGGCUAUUUUUCACGAAGAUGCCAUAAAAAAAAAAAAAUUGACCAUAUAGUAUUCAUUUUUUCUUUUUUAAAAUAUGUUAAUGAAUGAUUUCAAGACAGAACAAUCAAAUACCAAGAUAGAUAUGACCAAAGCGGAUAGCCCUACCAAUAUCACUCCUGAAAUUUUUGUCAAGGGGGAGAAGAAAAAAAGGUCUAUCAUUCCAAAGAUUUUCAGUUCUAAGCGAAACAACAAAGCAGGCUCCAACGAUGACACGGGAUCAGAUGGUGAAGGAGUUUCUACUGUAGAUGCAGAAAAUAAUAUGCCAGAAAGAAGAAUAACGUUCGUGGAGUCGCCUCAGAUAAUGAGAAAAAAUUUCUCAGAAAGACGGGCUAGUCCUGCAAUUGAAGGCUUGAAUUUAUCAAACUUUGAGAGUUCUUUGGCAUCAGAAACAGAAAUUAAAGAAUUUAGGAUUUUCGCAGGAACAUGGAAUGUUGGAGGAAGGACACCAAACUCUAGUCUCAACCUGGAAGAUUUCUUGCAGGUGGAAGGCUGUGCAGAUUUAUAUGUCUGUGGGUUUCAGGAAAUUGUUCCACUCAGUGCUGGAAAUGUAUUGGUGGGUGAAGACAAUGAACCUGCUGCAAAAUGGUUGGCUCUGAUAAACCACGCACUUAACAAGCCACAUCAUGAGUCCUACUCUUUUCUUAAUUCAAGCCCUGCAGGAGUCCUCAAAGACAACAACGUCAAAGACUCGAAGUUAUUUCACAAACCUUCUCUCAAGGUCCUUAGAAAAAGUUUGAAGGCAGAUAGUAGACUUCUCAAGAUCUGCAAUUGUCCUGUGGAGUACCCAUCUCGGGAGAGACAUAGAUUAAGAAAACUUAAUGAUUCCAUGGAUGAAUUAGACCCGCAAACUACUCCUCAUCAUCAAUAUAACAGCUCAAAUGGUUCAAUUUUUACUGCUAAUAUGCCUACAUCACCCACACAAACUUACAGCCUUGUAGCAAGCAAGCAAAUGGUGGGUAUUUUCCUUUCUGUGUGGGCUAGAAGGGAGUUGGUGCCUCACAUUGGCCAUCUCAGAAUCUCUUCUGUAGGAAGAGGAAUAAUGGGUUGCCUUGGCAACAAGGGGUGUAUAUCAGUAAGCAUGUCAUUGCACCGAACAAGCCUCUGCUUCGUGUGCUGUCACUUGGCUUCUGGGCAGAAGGAAGGGGAUGAACUAAAGAGAAAUGCUGAUGUAGCUGAGAUCCUUAAGAGCACACAAUUCCCCAAGAUUUGCAAGAAUAUAAAUCCUCAGGUCCCAGAAAGGAUAAUUGACCAUGAUCGGAUAAUUUGGCUUGGAGACUUAAAUUAUCGAGUAUCUUUGAGCUAUGAGGAAACAAUGGCUCUGUUGGAGGAUAAUGACUGGGACACCUUACUAGAGAAGGACCAGUUGAAUAUGGAGAGAGAAGCAGGGAGAGUGUUUAAUGGGUUCAGUGAAGGAAAUAUUUUGUUUGCUCCCACUUACAAGUACUCGAAUAAUUCAGAUUCUUAUGCUGGAGAAACAGGAAAAUCAAAGAAGAAACGCAGAACCCCAGCAUGGUGCGACAGGAUCCUAUGGCGCGGCCAAGGCAUUGAUCAGUUGUCUUAUAUUAGGAUAGAGUCAAGAUUCUCCGAUCACAGACCGGUUUGCGCUGUCUUUGCAGUGGAGGUGGAAGCAAAGAAUAGAAACAACAGCAUGUUCAGAAAGGGUUAUUCUUAUGCCGCUUCCAGGAUGGUGGAAUAUGAUGAAUGCAUUCCUCAAAGACAUAGCUCUUAUGGGGUGUAAUGAAAAUCACCAAAAGUAGCGUGCAUUUCAUUAGUUUUUUUUUUUGGAGGAGAAGAAAUCACCACAUGCAUUUUUUUUUAAUUCAUUUGAAAGAAAUUUUUGUAAAUUGUUUUUGUUUUUACAGGCAAUUGACAAAUACUCAAAAAGAACUGUAGUGUAUAUUGAUGUAAAUCAUCGUGACUUUAAAAAUGAAAUAAUCUAGA